UGUACCGCUUUCGUUCCACUUCCUUUCCACGACGUGCUUUCCAAAAUGCAGAAGAAACAAAAGGAACCGAUCCAGUCCGUGCAAGUCUUCGGACGCAAAAAAAGCGCAACCGCGGUCGCUUAUUGCAAACGAGGCCGUGGAAAUCUCCGUGUAAAUGGUCGUCCCUUGGAAUUAGUCGAACCUCGUGUUCUUCAAUACAAAUUGCAGGAACCCAUUUUGUUACUCGGCAAAGAAAAAUUCUCUGAAGUUGACAUCAGGGUCAGAGUAAAUGGUGGUGGUCAUGUCGCGCAAAUUUAUGCUAUCCGUCAGGCUAUUUCCAAAGCUCUUGUUGCAUACUACCAGAAGUAUGUUGAUGAAGCAAGUAAGAAGGAAGUAAAAGAUAUCCUCAUUCAGUAUGACAGAACCCUCUUGGUUGCUGACCCAAGGCGGUGCGAGCCAAAGAAGUUUGGUGGUCCAGGUGCCAGGGCACGAUACCAGAAAUCUUACCGUUAAUUUCUACAAAUUUCAUCUUACACUUUAUUCAUAUUAUUGAAUAAAAAAUUUAAAAGCCGA